CUCAAACUAUUUUCGCUCUUUUCUUUCCAAUUCUUUCAGUUACAUGCAACAGCAACAUGUCCAACAACGAAACGUGUCUUUCGCUUUACUCACUCGAGCGGAGGUUUUAUGUAAUACUUGGCGAAGAGUAUAUACAAAGGUUUUGCAGAUUUUACAGUCACUAGACAAUAAUAUAGCUCAAAAAUUAGCCACUAAAGAAUCGAAUGCUAUGCUAAAUGCUCACGAAGUAAACAAGUCGCGACUGAUCUUUGAGCAGACGAUCAAUACAGAAAAUCUGAUUGAAGAUUUACAGUCAACAUUAAAAUUAUUAAAAGAAGUCUGUGAUGACUGGGAACAGCUGGAAUCAGAUGCAUCUCGACAUAUGAAUAAGUCACUGAAGGAACCUGUUUCCAGAAAGCCUGUAUCGUUAUCCACCAGUUCGUUGAUCGAUGUCACUUCUGUUUCGCCAACGGAUGUACAUGGUUUCAUUGCUAAUCUAUCUUCUCAACAUUUGGAAGAGUACAACAGUAAAAGAGUUUUAUUUGCAGAAUUAUCCUCUUAUCUUUCCAAUGAGGAAAUGUUCAGAAAUUUACUGAAUGAGUUGAACACAAAUUCAUUUAUUGACGAAGCGAUAGAGAAAGAGUUAAAAGAGCGAGUGCAACUUUACAAAACUGUGAAGAAAGUACUAGAAUCUGUGGAUUGAAAUAUAAGUGGUCGUAUAAUAGUAUUAAAUAUGCAAAUUAAAGAGUCUAACAGAUUGAUCUUCGCCUGCGGAUGCCAAUUGAAGCAAACCGCUAUCACCGGUAAUAGGACGCCACUUUAGAGAAUUCACUACACCGAAGUGGCAAAGGCUAUAAUUCGAGCGAAGAAUAAAUCAAUGAACGGGCAUUAUUUCGC